CCCGAAGAGCGCGACACCCUCAAGCUCAAGAAGGCGUGGGAGGUCGCCCUCGCCCCCGUAAAGGGCCUCCCCAUGACCGCCAUCAUGAUGUACAUGUCCGGCAACUCGCUCCAAAUCUUCAGCAUCAUGAUGGUCUUCAUGGCCUUCAAGAACCCCAUCGUCGGCCUCAUGGCCACCAACCAGGCCUUUGAGCGCUUCCAGACCGACAGCAACGCCGGCCAGAUUUUGCAGACCAAGCUCGUCUACGUCGCCAUGCAGUUUUUGGCGCUGGCGGUGGGCGUUUGGAAAAUUAACUCCAUGGGCUUGUUGCCGACAACACGAUCUGACUGGUUGAUGUGGGAGCCUUUGAGGGAACCUGUAGAGCAUGCAAUCCUGGCUCUGUGA